UAGAAUCGUGUUUAACAAUGUAGUGUGUCACUUUAGAGACGGUCCCUUAAUUUCCGCGAAUAUCGAACAUCUUACGUCAAGCCAUCUUUAUUCCAGUUUAUUAGAAACUGUCCCCGUGUUGUACGCAAUGAAUGUGAGCUGGAUUUUCUGCUUCACCUUCCUGCUUCUGAUACACACAGUGUCGGUGCAGAGUGUCCGUGUUGAAGGUUUUAUAGGAGGAUCGGUGAUCUUACCGUGUUCAUUUGACCAGAAGCCGCAGACUGUGUUUUGGCGAUACAACGACAGCAGGGUGGUGUGUCACAUCAUUCGCGGUGAAGCAUUUUACAAUGAUCAGGAUCCAGUCUAUAAAGACAGAGUUAAAAUUUUUCCAUCAGAAAUUGAAAAGGGGGAUUUCUCCAUCAUGCUGAGCAACGUGAAGGAAUCUGAUGCAGGACUGUACACCUGCAUCAUUCCUAACAUCAAGACCCUGACACUAGAACUAACUGUUAAAGCGAACGGUGAGUCCCCGAGACAUGCAGACGGUCUGUUAACGUUCCUGCUGGGAUGUGCUCUGCUCUACAGCUUAAACUUCUGAAGAAAACCCCAAGCUCCGUGUGUGCAUUAUCUUCACAUACAGGCGUCACAGCAAUGUCUUUUACAAAAAGGUAUUAAAUUUGCUUUUUGGCCAUUACUCUACACACACUAAUCCAUAAAGACACAGGAACACAUGAUUUUUAAAAAUAUUUUUGCAAAGUGAUUAAAAGUCAAAACUGUAAUCUCAUGUAGAUAAGUAUUCACACCCUUUAUGCAGCAAUGACAGCUCCUGGUGUUCUUGGGAAAAAGUCAGUUUCUCCCAUUCUUCCUGUCAGAUUCUCUCAAGAUAAUCAAAGCAACCAGGAUGCACCUGAAAUCAGUUUGGCGCGUUUAGACACAUCAUAGGUCUGUCAUUAUGGAUUAUUGUGUGUAGAUUAACGUCCAAAAAAACUCAAUUUAAUCCGUUAUAAUUUAGAGAAUUGUGUAAAAGCGGAAGUGUUUACCCUCUGUGUGUAUCUUACUGCCUCGGUCCAGUGAUUUUGUUUUUUGAUUCAUGCUACUUAUUUCAUUUUGUAUUUCUAUAAAAUAUAGAUGUGUUCAGAAGGACAUUUUGAUGGCUGUCAGAAAACAGGAACCACAUAGCAUGCACAAAUUUACAUAUACAUGCAGAUUUACAUUGGAAACAUUGUUCUAAUAAAACUGUGUAGUGUAGUACUGUUUUUUUAUUUUUAUUUGCUGUAUUUUACAAAUGUAUAUAAGAGUAGUAUCUGCUGAACAGUAAGGUGUCCCUGUGAAUGUAGCGUAAAUGUUCCUUAAGUCACGCAAUAAACAUUUCACUGCAUUUAAAAAAAAAAGUUUCCUAAACCAGUGCUACGUUGCAUUGAUAGUUUACUAAGUUGCUUUGAUAAUAAAGGAUCAGGGAGUGAAAUUAAUUCUGCUGGUUGAAUUAUCAUGCCUAUUAUUGAAAAUGUGCACCUGAUGGAACUCAUUACUAUGAUUAUGUUAUAAAGAACACGUCAUUUAGGCGCUGAUAAAUAAAAACAUGCAAUUGAAA